AGAGAGAGAGCCCAUCCCAUUCUCUAAACUAAAAUUUGGUCAUUUUGCUGAAAAUAAGCCUGUUGGCCCACUCUCUAAACUAAAAUUUGGUCAUUUCGCUGAAAAUAAGCCUUCCAACACACUGACCAACCGAAUAGCCAAACCAGCCCCAGACUUGCCAAAUUUAGCCAUCCAAACUGACUUGCCAUCUGUGAACCCCACGUGUAGGCCCCAGUCUCUCCUCCUCCCAGCCGAGCAAGCGGCGUCCUCUCCACGCCCGAGCGAGGCAGCGACCACUGCUCGGAUCGACCGCCCCCGCCGCUGUACGGCCGGCCAUCCCUCGCUGCCGUCCGGCCGGCCUUCCCGCGCCGCCGUCUUACAAGCCCCCUCCCCUCCCGCCACCGUCCGGCAAGGACACGGCCGCUGCCGUCCAGAUCCGGCCACCCCACCGACGCUCCCCUCUCCGGCAAGGACACAGCGAGGCAGUCACCGUCGUCGUCGAAGUCUGGCGCCGCCGCACUUGAAGUCCGCCGCCGCCGCCGCGCCCUCAGAAGGCCGUCGCCGCCGCCGGGGGGCAGCCGCUACGUCCGCUGCCGAGUGGAGGUCGCCGUCACCACGUCCACUGCCGAGCGGCGGUCGCCGUUGCCUCCGCGCCGCUGCUGGGCCACGGGGCCUCCCCGCGCCGCCGCCGCGGCCUCCUGUGCCGCCCAGCCUCCUUGGGCCGCCUCCGCGCUGGCGCUGCGUCGCCGGCUCCGCACCGCCACCUGCCUCUACCGCCUGUCUGCUGAGAGAGAAAAGGAGAGAGGGGGAGAGAAAGAGAUCGAGGAAGAGGGAGAGAAAAGAUAGAUAAGAGGAUGACAUGUGGACCCCAGCUGUCAUGAAAUGGAGAGCGGAUGGAGAGACGGUUAAAAGAUGCUCGAACCUGUUUAUCUUUAUCGAACACCCACUCUUUGUCUUCUCUCUCGCGUCGCUGUGCUUGCCGCUGGCUGGGAGCGAGCAUGAGCUUCGGCGUCGGCGGCGGCGGCGGCAGCUUGGGCGCCGGCUUGCCGUACCAGAAGUUCGUCAGCUUCGCGCUGGAGGAGACCCGCCUCCGGACCACCCUCACCCCUCACCCUUCCCAGGAUAAGUUCAAGUUUAUAAAAUCCAGUGAUGAUAAUACGGUUUUCAAUGCUCUCUCAUUCAGUGCCCCAAAAAUUAGACUGCUUCGCAGCUUGACAAUUGAGAAGAAAAACUCAUUUCAGGUUCUUGACUUCGCUGCUUUCUCUGAACCUGAAUACGAUCUUCCUAUAUUUUGCGCCAAUGUUUUUACAACUACGGCACAAAGUAUUGUUGUAUUAGACCUCAAUCCAUUGUAUGAUACUACUGUACACAAGGAUUACAAAGAUAAGUACUACAAGAAUAUAAUGCCUCUUGUACAGAAGUACAGCGAGCUACUUCCUUGGGGCGGCAAGAUUACGAGUGAGUCACUGAGGUUUUUCUCUCCAAUCGUGAUCUGGACUAUAUUUGAGUCAACUGAACAUAACCACCAUGUUCUACAUUCAGCUUUCAUGGAUUAUUACAAGGUGUGGCUUGAGUUCAUAGAUCAGGCAAUUAAAGAAAAUAACCAAGUAACAGUUGCUCAAAACCGAGAGCAACAACAUAAAUAUCUCACAUGGAGGACUGAGAAGGAUCCUGGCUAUCCCCUUUUAAAGAAGUUAAUUGGUGAAAGUCGUGCUGAGGACCUGGUGAAGGAGUUUCUGUUUGAAGGAGUAAAUUUACUUGGAACAAAAUCAUUUCUGGACUAUUUUCCCGAAUACACCUCUGAUGAUGGGUCAAUCAACAAGAAAAGGAGUAUGAUCGGCAAGUCAUUUGAAACUAGGCCUUGGAAUGCCAAUGGAGAAUUGAUUGGCAAUGCUGAAUCGUAGGGAAAUGUUUGCUAAGUCUAUUGCCUGAGCAACAAUUUUCUCUUAUGCUUGUAUUACUGUUUUUUUUUCAGAAAACUUGCAUCUUAAUGCUCAGAUGCUCUUAUUUGUGGACUUGGAUUUAAUAAAGGUCCGGAAGAGUCGGUGUGUAUCUGGAUCAUGUAAUUUUAUUCUCUAGUUGCAAUAGACGCCAUCGUUAGACGACAUUCACCGUGGUCUCUACUGGUAAUAGCAACGGUCUAGACCUUCCAAUUCCUUUCCUUUUUUUUAAAUACCAAAAUUCUGUCACCUGUUUGGUUU